AAGCAUAGUUGAGUUGAUUUCGGGAAUUAGAGAUCAUAGGGCCCUGAUCACUCAGCCCCCUGUUCCUCACUUACCUCCUGAUCCUGACACAUUGUGAGUAAUGUCAGUAGUCACACUCUGGGAGUGGGGGCUGUCUAGUCUCUUAGAAGUUGCUGGGAAGAGCUCUUGGAACUUGAAGCCACUGGGGGACAUCUGAAUGUCUUUUCCCCCGUAUGUCCUCCCAGUUUGAAGGUGGUUAGAGAAAUGAGGGAAUUGUCAGUGAUAAACUGUUCGAAUAUGGAUCUGGGCUCCCUCUACAUUCAUGGUUUGCCUUGAAAUCCAAAGGCAAACCUGGGCUCUGGAAUUGGGGUCUACGUGAGGAAUCCAGCUUGAAACGGAAUCUAGAUUUGUGGUAAUAUCCUUUUUAUUUCAGGAUCCCUCAUUUUCUAAUUUCUCACAUCUGUUUAUAGAAAGAAAUGGAGUUUAGGGUUAUGGUUGGCUGAGCUAGAGUCUUAUGAUCUGCCACAUGCAUGGGUUUUGGAGAAGCAUUUGGAGAAGGUCUUGUGACUGGGUCUAGUUGGGUUUUAUAAUUGAGAUGCAGUGCUCAUCAGAUCCUCCCAUCUGAGAGUUUGACAGUAGAGUCACGUGUGUCCAUCAGCCUGUUAAUGUUGAUUCCGGUGUUGUAAAUAAUAAGGUGCUACAUUGGGUUGCUUUCUUAGUGCUGUGGCCGCUGAGCCCUGGGCCUCAUACUGUUUGGCAAGCACACCACCACUGAGUUAUGUUCCUCAAUCUUUUUUUAACUUUUCAGUUUUCGACAGGAUCUAGGGUGGGCUUGAACUUGUGAGUCUGCUCUUAUUUAUUUAGAGACAGCAUCUCGCUGUAUCACCCUGACUGACUUCAGACUCACUCUGUAGACUGGCCUGGCCUGACCUCACAGAGAACCUGUGCCAGGGGGAAAGGUGUGCCCACAGCCAGCUUUGAUUUUACUUCAGCUUCUUGAGUGUGUGCACCACCACACGCACUCAACUUCCUGACCGCUUCUACCCCAUUCCACCCUGACUUUGUGCACAGCCAUGUGGGUUAGAGCAGCUGCUCCCUCCCAGAAGCAGUAACACUAGCCAGGAGUCACAGAAUUUUUUAAAUGUUUAAAUUGGAGCCUUGUAUGCCACAUGUUACUCUAGUCUAGCUCUGGUGCCCCCUUCCCCUCCGUGUGCUCAUACACUGCUCUGUGCCUGCUGUCAUCUCAGAAGAUCUGACACAAAGUUGAAAAUGGUUCAGGGUAAGGGGGUUGGUCCAUGACUGCAAGGGUAGAAAAAGAUGGAAUUCUCCAAGAAGACAUUUGAGGAAGGAUGGAGACAGCUAGGGCUGUGUCCUUUCAUUUCCUCUCCAAAGCCUCAGUUUGAGUAAUAUGCUGUCUUAUUUUCCCCCCAAAGACAGUCAGAUGAAACAGAACAUUUAGCAGCUCUCAGGAACAUUGUGCAAAUGUGUGUUCAUCCUUCCUCCCUAACCCCCCUCUCUCAUCCUAUCCCUGCCUCCCUCCCUUAUCCAAAUUUUCCAGCCACCGCUGGAGUUGACUUCCGCAAUCCUGGUGGAUAAAUCUAGCACCCUUAGUCUUCUGCUCACAGUAGCCACACUUCCUGUCUGAAAGGAGCCUAGACAACAGAUUCUCGACCACAGGCUGGCUAGUCCUGUGAACCUCCUGCCAAUGGAAGUCUGCCCUAAUUAUUUCUUUGACAGGAUGUGGGUGUUCAAGUUUCUACUGUUACCCAUGUUGAGCUUUGCUCUCUACCCUGAGGAAAUGCUGGAUACCCAGUGGGAGCUAUGGAAGAAGACCCACAGGAAGCAGUAUAACAGCAAGGUAGAUGAAAUCUCUCGGCGUUUAAUUUGGGAAAAAAACCUGAAGCAUAUUUCCAUCCAUAAUCUUGAGGCCUCUCUUGGUGUCCAUACAUAUGAACUGGCCAUGAAUCACUUGGGAGACAUGACCAGUGAGGAAGUGGUUCGGAAGAUGACAGGACUCAGAUUACCACCACCCUCUCAGUCCCACAGUAAUGACACUCUCUACAUCCCAGAGUGGGAGGGCAGAGCCCCCGACGCCAUCGACUAUCGAAAGAAAGGAUAUGUUACUCCGGUCAAAAAUCAGGGUGACUGUGGUUCCUGUUGGGCUUUUAGCUCUGCGGGUGCCCUGGAGGGCCAGCUCAAGAAGAAGACUGGCAAACUCUUAAAUCUGAGUCCUCAGAACCUUGUGGAUUGUGUGUCUGAGAAUUAUGGCUGUGGGGGCGGCUAUAUGACCACUGCCUUCCGCUACGUGCAGACGAAUGGGGGCAUUGACUCUGAAGAUGCUUAUCCAUACGUGGGGCAGGAUCAAAGUUGUAUGUACAACCCAACAGCAAAGGCAGCUAAAUGCAGAGGGUACCGAGAGAUUCCUGUGGGGAACGAGAAGGCCCUGAAGAGAGCAGUGGCUCGGGUGGGGCCUAUCUCUGUGUCAGUUGACGCGAGCUUGACAUCUUUCCAGUUUUACAGCAGAGGUGUGUACUAUGAUGAAAAUUGUGACCGUGAGAAUGUGAACCACGCAGUGUUGGUGGUGGGCUAUGGCGUGCAAAAGGGAAACAAGCACUGGAUAAUUAAAAACAGCUGGGGAGAAAGCUGGGGAAACAAAGGAUAUAUUCUCUUGGCUCGGAAUAAAAACAACGCCUGUGGCAUUACCAACCUGGCCAGUUUCCCCAAGAUGUGAUCCAGCCAGGCAAGACAUCCUGUUCUCCUGUUCCUUCUUCCACGGUGCCAUGUAGCGGUGUAUUUGGAAGGGAGCUGAGAAAGCGCCCCUGGAGUGGGCGUGCUCCUGGUGAUACCUCUGUAACUUUCCCUCUCUCCACCCAGUUCUCUGAGGCUGAGAUCUGGUCCUGACUCACUGGGUUCUGCUGUCUGGGGGCUGAUACUGUGUAGAUACACAGUGGAGGUCUCCAGCAGGCUGGAGUGACCUCCCCAAAUCCCCGUCUCCAGUGCCAAGAUUCGCAAACCUGUUCAUAAUUCUCUGACAUAUUUGCAUGAUAUAAGAAAUGUGUGUUCUUUUCCUUCUUUGCAUUUGAAAUAAAGUAUCUCA